AAGUAAGGCAGAAAUGAGCGGCACACGAUGCAUAGUACUGUGGAUGAUCCUGUGUAUGUGUAUGAAUGUAACCUGCCGAUCCUUUUUGAAGGUGGAAACGUUUGGCAACAGUUACAGUGAUGGCGAUGGAAGGAACUGGCGGACAUCUGCAUCCCCGUAUAAUACAGUGAUUGACAGACUCGGAGACGAAGAACAUGGUUGGACGGAGACUGAUUUAAACGCCGCGUCUCUGCUCGAUUUAGGUCGCGACGGAUACUUUCAAAACGACAGAAUCGAUGAUCAUUAUCGCCGGAACGCCUUUCACCUUCUCAGCCCUGGUCAACAAAUAUACUCGAGAAAAGGUGCAAAUGAACAAAUUAACGUCCGAAAGCACCAAUCUAAAUUGAAAAACAGGCGGCCAAUAAACACUUACACUUCUGAUCACGUGCCGGUUGAAGCAAAACGAGGCAGAGCGCGUAACCACGGCCCAGUUUUCCAUAAUCACCAAUAUAACUCUCCACACACGGUGUCACGUGUUCCGCUCCUAUUGAAAGGGUUAAACAUGAAUGAUGUAUGGUAG